AUGAUUAUCGAACUCUUCUCUAGCGUUUUCGCAUGGACCUUCAUUGCGAUCGUUGUCGGUUUCUAUUGUCUGAUCCCAAGGCAGCGACCAAUAUUCCCAGUCGUCAACGACUAUCCCGGCGACAUAUUUCGCCGGAAGGCGUAUCAAGAGUACAUCAAAAAUGCUAAACAACUGAUUGCCGAGGGUUUCGCCAAGUACAACGGGCCAAUCACUCUACUUGUGCCUAAUGGGAUAAAAAUCGUCUUGCCUUCAGCUCUCAGUGAUUGGGUCAAGACAAACAGAGACCUUGAUCACCAAGAGCUUGUCAGAGAGGAAUAUUUUGCACAAUUCCCGGGAUUCGAAGCUCAAUAUGCAGCUCAUAGCCCCGACAGGAUGUUGAUUGACUUGCUGCGAACUAAAUUGUCCCAGAACGAGGAAAUUUUGUCAACAAUUAAUCAGCAUGUUGCGGCGGCUUUGCAGCAUCACUGGGGGAAAAGCGAGUCCUGGCAUACAAUUGAUUGGGAUAAAGACACUACCGGGAUCAUCUCACUGGCAGCGGCGUCGGUAUUUGUGGGACCCGAGAAGGCCAACGACCCAGAAUGGCAGGCUCUUGUCCAGACCUAUGUACGAGAAUUUUUCACUGCGGUGGGUGAGCUUCAUGCGUGGCGAGCGCCUUUCCGGCCGAUCGUGCAAUGGUUUCUGCCGCACACCUCAGCAUGCCGUGCUCUUGUCCGGAGAGCUCGCGUGAUGAUACGUGAUGUGGUCAACAGAAGGGCUGAAGAAGCAGAAGCGGCACAACGUCAAGGACGAACGGCACCACGGUACAACGAUGUUCUUUCCUGGACCUUGAAUAUAUCAAGCAACAAGCUACCGGCUGGCGACAUUCAACUCGCUUUGGCCAUGGCAGCACUUUUUACAACCAGCGAACUCCUCAGGCAGAUUCUUAUCGACAUUGCCAAACAUCCCGAGCUUGCCGCACCGCUGAGACAGGAAAUCAAGCAGUCAAUAUCUGAUUAUGGAUUUUGCCAGACUGGCCUGCAAAAGAUGGAAUUACUGGACAGCGUGAUGAAGGAGUCCCAAAGACAGAUUCCUAUUUCAGUGGGGUUGGAACGUAAAGUGAUUCGUGAUACCACGCUCCCGGAUGGAACGAUGAUACCAAAAGGUUCUCAUAUAAUGGUCGACUCAAGCGAUAUGUGGAGCCCAGAAGUUCACAAUAACCCUGACGUGUACGAUGGGUAUCGUUUCGUGAAGCGGCGUCAUACGGGAGAUAAAGCGAGUCAAUUUGUGCAGUCGAGUCGAGAGCAGAAUGUCUUUGGAGGUGGUAGACAUAUUUGCCCUGGCCGGUUCUUCGCGAGUACCGAGUUGAAGAUAUGUUUAGCCCACAUUCUGUUCAAGUACGACAUCCGGUUAAAGGAGGGUUAUCUUUCCACGCCUUUACAGUUUGGGGUAUAUGCAAGUGUUGACCCCGUUGCACAGCUAGAGGUUCGACGGAGAGAAGAUACUGAAAGCUUUCCGUUCCCGACUCCUGACGAAGCGGCGAAUGAAAAGCGUGGGUCAUAUCGAUUCUUGUCGACACAAGAUAAACGAAGCAGGCCAGGCUACGCAGGGCUAGAUGGGUCAUCUACGAAGAAGAAAAGGAGACACAAAGAUAAAACUAAGGGUGGCCAUGUGGUGAAUGAUAAUAUGCAGAAGGAAAAAGACGCUGUGGUAACUGAGGAAGGCGGUACUCCUACCACGCAACCAUCAACGAGUGAGAAACUGGUGGAAAUUACCACAUGCCUUCAGCAUAAGGCCCUCUCCAACCAGCUAGUCAUCCCUAUGAACACCAAAGGGCUAGAAAAGGUUCUGGACAGGGCCCCAGAUACUAUCCUGGAGAAUAUACUCAUCAAUUGCGUGCGGCUGAACGAUCGGCUUGGAAGAUACGGGCAACGAUCUGCACAGACUACUAUGACAACAAAGCAAGAAAUCGCAUUUUCAGCCAGCAAGAACAUCCAAACUCGGUACAACGAAACCGCGUAUUGGGAGAUUAUAAAGAAAGGUGCAGACCUCCUCGAUCCGAAGAGUCUGCCAACCCCUAAAGGGCCUCUCGAUGAGUUCACAAUGGCUGAGAAGGUUGCGACCGAGCGCUUCAUGAGAGAAGCGGGUUAUGGCCUCAGCCUGGCUAACCAGCGACAGUGCCGCCUCUUCUGGAAGAGGCUUUCUGAGAUGCGGAAAACAGGCGUUGAACAAAUUCUCCUGUACCGUACGAAGGAGUUUGAUCGUUUUUGCAAGAGCUACUCAUCAGAAGAUGGGGGAUCCCUGAUUCAAAUGGUUCGGUGCUGGGAAGAUAUGUACGGUUUGCAGAUAAAACAGCUGGAAAGCCGGGUAACUCAAGAGAGCAUGGGCGAUCUCACGGGAAGACUAUGGCUCAGGGAGCCUAAUGUGGCGGAGCGAUUGAAAAUUCCCGAUGUUGCGUGGAGCAGUGCGAGUAAUCCGUGGCUCUCUGGUGAGGAAGCUAUCGCUUUCCAAUCGAGUGGGCCACAUGAGCCAUCUUUCGCACAGUUUGGUGGGUUUCUUGACUUACAUUCAGGGGCAGACAUGAUGAGAAACAAGUCUAUAUUUGUCACCAUACUCCCGAAAGGCAACAACUUCUUUUUUGUUUGUCCUAUCAUUUCAGUACAGGAAGGAGAUUUUCUUGGGGUUUUUGCUGGGAUGAUUCGCUACUUAGCACCCUGCAACGUCACAUAUAGUGUGCCUGGCCCCGAAGAAAAUCUCUGGUUGGACUAUUCCACAGUGACUGGGGCACUCAAUCUGAUGAGCGUAUCGCGCCCUGGCGAAGAUUCUAAUGUUCGCCUAGACUGGGAGCUCCUUAGUGAGCGGAAAGGAGAAAAGCUGUUCUUGAUGUGGAGGGUGACAGUUCGAGCUCUCCGGCCGAUUAGACCGUUUGAAGAGAUGAUUAGAGCUGCUCCGCGAAAGGAACAAUACCUUUUGCAUAAGUUAGUAGCCGGCGCAGAAAGGGGAUUCAGGAAAGGUGGACAGUAA